CUGGUUGAUUCAUUGGUUGUUGCAAACUUGCAGCAGACUGUAGGCUGCAGCGGCGCAGGUAUGAAAAAUAGAAAAAGCAGCGGGCUGUCUAUUUCAGUUCCUGGUUAUGCGAAAAACAUCAGUAGGUAUGAAGGUAGUAACAUUUUUCCGGCCGGUCGAUUAGAGUAAAUAAUACAAAUGUAUAUAAAUAAAAAUGUUCAAUAACAUAUUUGAGUUUAGCAGCUUAACUUGAUAUCCCUAAUCAGAUAUCUAACAUUGAAGCCGUAUAAUAUAUAUAUUAUCGAAUUUUUAUUUUGUUUUCUGACUUACGUGCUCUGAGUUUGACUAUUUGACAUUUGUAAUAAAUGAAAAUAAUCAAAAUACUGAACGAUAGUUUUCCAUUGUAAUUUUUUUCAAAUUUAUAUUUUAUUGUACUCGAUCUAUAUCAAACAUCUCCCGUCUAAUGGAUAGCCGGCAUUACAUUUAUUGAAGUAUACAUUAAAAUGUUUAUUUCUAUUUUCGACAAAUUUACAACAUUGUACUUAAAUGAAACGAGUGAAAAAAAGUCUGCAGACAGAGAGUAUUCCAUUGUUAUUAAGCCAAGCGGAGAGACAGUUCGAUGGAGAUGACUCUGAUUGCUUUCUGUCCAGUGAUGACAUGACGCCAUUUAAAAAACAUAACGUCUACUACAAAAGCAGAUGGGCUAGGGUCUCUUCGCUCCUGUUUUGUGGAUUUUGUCAAUGGGUUUGGCAAAAAUGUUUCCGCAAGAAGGAACUUACUUCGCGAACUAUUGUCAUUGGAAAACAAAGUACCGAAAAGUAUUCUCCAAAUGUCAUUCGCAAUCAAAAGUACACUAUAAUCACAUUCCUCCCAAAGGUUCUCUAUCAACAGUUCAAAUUCUUUUUGAAUCUUUAUUUUCUUCUAAUGGCUAUGAGUCAAUUUGUACCUGAACUACGAUUAGGAUAUCUCUACACAUAUUGGGGACCACUGAUAUUUGUAUUGGCUGUCACAUUAUUUCGUGAAGGUGUUGAUGAUAUUCGAAGAUGGCAACGAGAUGAAGAAGUAAACUCUCAAAAAUACAAACGUCUAAUACGUGGUAAAGAUCACAAUAUUGGUACUGAGUAUGUAUCAUCAUCUAAACUCAAAGUUGGAGACUUAGUACUGGUAGAAAAAGAUCAAAGAGUCCCAGCUGAUAUGGUGUUAUUAAGAACUACUGAGAAAUCCGGUGCUUGUUUUGUACGAACUGAUCAAAUGGAUGGUGAAACUGAUUGGAAAUUACGCCUGGCUAUUGGAGAUACUCAAAAAUUAGAUUGUGAUGCGCGUUUGUUUGAUAUUACGGCUACUAUUUUUGCAGAAAAACCUCAAAGAGAUAUUCACAGUUUCAUAGGAACAUUUAGAAGACAAGAUAAUGGGGAAGAAGUGAGUCUUGAUGUAGAAAAUACAUUAUGGGCUAAUUGUGUUGUAGCUAAUGGUUCAGCACUUGGUGCUGUUGUUUAUACUGGUGCUGAAACCAGAUCUGUUAUGAAUAAUUCUCAGCCUCGAAGUAAAGUUGGACUCUUAGAUAUUGAAAUUAAUCAGUUAACAAAGCUUCUAUUUUGUGCUGUAGUUGGUCUAGCCUUCGUAAUGAUGUGCUUAAAAGGUUUCAGUGGUCCGUGGUAUCGUUACAUGUUCCGAUUUGUAUUACUAUUUUCCUACAUUAUACCAAUCAGUUUGAGGGUAAAUUUGGAUAUGGGUAAAGCAUUCUAUUCUUGGUCUAUGCAAAGAGAUGAAGAAAUGCCAGAUACUGUAGUUAGAUGUACGACAAUUCCAGAAGAACUGGGACGAAUAUCAUACUUAUUUUCAGAUAAAACUGGGACACUUACUCAAAAUUCAAUGGUAUUUAAACGACUUCAUUUAGGAACUGUUUCUUAUGGUGCUGAGUCUUUUGAUCAGGUUGCUGAACAACUAAAAAUGACCUUCUGUGGAGCAGUUGAGCCUACGCAUAAUCGUAAUUUGUCUCAGGGAUCUACAUCAUUUAAAAUAAGACGUUCUGAGCAAACUCGUCUUCACGAUGCUGUUAAAGCUAUAGCACUGUGUCAUAAUGUGACUCCAGUUAUUGAGAAUAAUGUACAAGGCAAUAUUACUGAUAGUCCUGUAGAACUCAGAUCUGAAGCUGAUCAGCACUAUAUUAAAGAAAGUCUACUUUCUCGUUCACAGUGUACCUAUCAAGCUUCUAGUCCUGACGAGAUUGCUUUAGUAAAAUGGACUGAAGAUGUAGGCUUGGCUGUAAUCAAGAGAGAUUUGACAUCACUUAAAUUACGUACAUCUGCUGGAGAUAUACUUAAUUAUACAAUAUUACAAAUGUUUCCAUUCACAUCAGAAACUAAACGCAUGGGAAUAAUUGUUAAAGAUGUAGCUUCUGGAGAUAUAACAUUCUAUUUAAAAGGAGCAGAUGUAGUUAUGUCAUCUAUCGUUCAAUAUACAGACUGGUUGGAAGAAGAAUGUGGAAAUAUGGCACGAGAAGGUUUACGUACAUUGGUUGUAGCUCGAAAAAAUUUAACUGAAGAACAGUAUUUAGAAUUUGAAUCUCGUUUAAAUUCAGCAAGGUUAGCUGUGACAGGUCGUGCUCAACGAGUAGCAACCGUUGUAGACACUCUAGAACGUGAAAUGGAGUUAUUGUGUGUAACAGGAGUGGAAGAUAAACUUCAAGUUAAUGUUCGUAGAACUUUAGAACUCUUGGGCAAUGCUGGAAUUAAAAUAUGGAUGUUAACUGGAGAUAAGCAAGAAACAGCCACUUGUAUUGCUAAAAGUUCUCGUCUUGUUUCAAGAACUCAGGAAUUAUUUAUUUUUAAUCCAGUGCAUACAAGAACUGAAGCACAUCAGCAAUUAAAUGCAUUUAGGAAAAAACAAGAUUGCGCUCUUGUCAUUACUGGAGAUUCAUUAGAAAUAUGUCUACAAUAUUAUCAAACAGAAUUAUUAGAUGUUGCCUGCCGUAGUCCAGCUGUAAUUUGCUGUCGAUGUUCUCCAACCCAAAAAGCACAAAUUGUCACUCUUAUUAAAGCACAUACUGGAAAAAGAACUGCUGCUGUUGGUGAUGGAGGAAAUGAUGUUUCAAUGAUUCAGGCAGCUGACACUGGCAUUGGUAUUGCUGGAGUAGAAGGUCGACAAGCAUCUUUAGCUGCAGACUUUUCAGUACCACAAUUUUCACACCUUUCAAGACUACUUAUGGUACAUGGUCGAUAUAGUUAUAAAAGAUCUGCCUCACUUAGCCAAUUUGUCAUCCAUAGAGGUCUUAUUAUAUCUACUAUGCAAGCAAUAUUUUCGGCUGUAUUUUAUUUCUCAUCAGUAACACUGUAUCAAGGGUUCCUUAUGAUUGGGUAUGCAACGCUGUACACAAUGUUCCCUGUAUUUUCUUUAGUACUUGAUAAGGAUGUAUUGUCUAAAAUUGCAUUAACUUACCCUGAACUUUACAAAGAACUGAGUAAAGGGCGGUCAUUAUCAUAUAAAACAUUUUUCAUUUGGGUUUUAAUAAGCAUUUAUCAAGGUGGUGUAAUAAUGUACGGAGCAUUAUUUCUAUUUGAAGAUGAAUUUAUUCACAUUGUUGCCAUCAGUUUCACUGCUUUAAUUCUCACUGAACUAAUCAUGGUUGCAUUGACAGUGCGCACUUGGCACUAUUUAAUGCUAUUGGCUGAACUUUUUAGUUUAGCUGUUUAUAUUUUAUCAUUAAUCUUACUUAAAGAUUAUUUUGAUUCUCAUUUCAUUCAAACCGAAUCAUUCCUAUGGAAAGUCACUGUGAUUACACUGGUCAGCUGUUUACCAUUAUACAUUCUAAAAUUCUUAAGGAAAAAAUUUUCACCACCGAGUUAUUCUAAACUAUCGUGAGCUAUACUUGUUUUGAAAGUUGAAAGUAGUAUAAAUGGAAUUAUGAUUGAAAAAAUUAAAUAUAAUUGAUGUAUUAAUAUGGAUCUUUAGUCUCGCUAUCGGCUUCACGAUUAUUCAACUAAUCAUUAUAAAUAUACCAUUAUAAUAUAACAAGCACAAUUUGUAUCAAAUAGAUUGAAUACAACCAUACAAACGCUUAAAAUGUAUAUUUUAAUUAAGUAUAUUUU